GUGCAGGAGAACAUCGAGCGGUUCUUCACCCGGUUCGUGGAGGAGGGCAAGGCCACCGUGCGCCUCCGGGAGCCCGCCGUGGACGUCUGCCUCAGCAAGGCAAAUGCCAGCAAUUUAAAGAAUUUCCUUUCAGCUGUGAGACUGGCUCACCAAGGGACCGACACAGGAGCUCUCCCUCUCUCAACUUUGGUACCAGCGAAGAACUCGGAAGUUGAAAAACCUAAGACAAAAAUGAUCAUAACUUCAAGAAGGGACUACCCUCUCACCAAAAACUUCCCUUAUUCCCUCGAACAUCUCCAAGCCUCAUACUGCAAACUGGCUCGGAUCGACACACGUGUGCUUUGUUUGAAGAAACUCCGAAAACUAGACCUAAGUCAUAACCACAUUAAGCAGCUGCCAGCUACUAUCGGUGACUUGACCUGUCUUCAGGAGCUUAUUUUGCAGGACAAUCACCUGGAGUCGUUCAGUGGGGCUCUGUGCAACUCCACGCUUCAGAAAUCUCUUCAGUUCUUGGACCUGAGCCAAAACAAAAUCAAAGCACUUCCAAUUCAGUUCUGCCAGCUGCGAGAACUGGUGAAUUUGAAGCUGGAUGACAACGAGUUGAUUAGGCUGCCAUUCAAGAUUGGCCAGUUAGAUCAUCUACGCUUUCUGUCAGCAGCUCGAAACAAACUUCCUUUCCUGCCCAGUGACUUUAGGAAACUUUGUCUUGAGAGCCUGGAUCUCUUUGGAAAUCCUUUUGAACAGCCCAAUAUGCUUGUUCCCAACAUACAAUUGCAAAUACCAUUGACUUUAUUAGAGUGUGCUGCAAGAGCAACCAUAAAUUACAGAAUCCCUUAUGGUUGUCAUCUCCUUCCUUCUCACCUUUGCGAAGAUCUGGAAGUGGCUAAAACAUGCCAGUGUGGAAGUGCCUGUCUGAGCAGCUUCAUUCAGAUCACAGUGACCAUGAAUCUCCACCAUGUAGCUCACACUGUGGUCCUUGUGGAUAACAUGGGAGGUACGGAAGCACCCAUCAUCUGCUACUUCUGUUCUCUAAACUGCUAUUCCCAGUUCCUGGAUAGGUACCUCCAGAGUAAUGGGUGA